GAAUAAAAUGUGUUCUUUAAAACCAAUGCUGAAAUAACUUUUCCAAGACGUCAUGCAACUCAAACAAUGAGUAAAGAUAUCCUGCUCUAAUCCAGAUGUGCACUCAAUGCUUUGUAUUAUUCCUCUUAUAUUGAAAAUGAAUCCAGGGUAAGACUUGUAAAUGGGAAACAUUUAAAUUUAAUUUAAAUGAACAUUCUCAGCUUUAAUUAUUUCAUGUGGUAUCUUUGUACUCAGAUAAUUUACAGCAGAAAUGUUUAGGAAGAACUUAAUUCUGCCUGAAUUUUAAUGUUAACAACAUCAUGGGGAAAAAUUGUAAUUGAACAACAAUGUUUACCUUUGAAAUGUCUCAAAUUAAUGUUCACUGAACUCGUAUUUCAUUGCUUUUGUUCCCUCUUUCAUAAUAGACAACGGAGUGUGACUUGUGUCCCAUCGUCUGCCUGGUAACAGAUGAUGAUCAGGUCAUGUGAUCCUUCCUCUGCUUCUUCCAGCAGCUCUCAGUCAGACUCUCUCAGUGUUUGUCAGGUCAACAGAGGAACAUGGCUUCAUCCUUUCUCAGCUUCUCCCUCCUCUUCAUCAGCCUCCACGCAGCAGAUGGAUUUCGGAGCUUUUAUGUGACCCGCUGUGAGUUUAACUCCACUGAGCUGAAGGACAUCGAGUACAUCAGGUCUACUUAUUACAACAAGAAGGAGAUCGUCAGGUUCAGCAGCAGUGUGGGGAAGUUUGUUGGAUUCACUGAGUACGGACUGAAGUGUGCUGAUGACUGGAACAACAAUCCUUCAUAUAUGGCUGGGCUGAGAGCUUCGAAGGAGAGGUACUGCCUAAACAACGUUGGGAUCGACUACCAGGCUCGUCUGUCUAAGUCAGCUGAGCCCUACGUCAGGCUGCGCUCCAAGACGCCCUCUGGUGGUAAACAUCCCUCCAUGUUGGUCUGCAGCGUCUUCAGCUUCUACCCCAAACAGAUCAUAGUGGGCUGGCUCAGAGACGGACAGGAAGUCACCUCUGAUGUCACUUCCACUGAUGAGCUGGCAGACGGGGACUGGUACUACCAGGUCCACUCUCACCUGGAGUACACGCCCAGGUCUGGAGAGAAGAUCUCCUGUGUGGUGGAGCACGCCAGCCUGAAGGAACCUCUGGUGACUGACUGGGACCCGUCCCUGCCUGAGUCUGAGAGAAACAAGAUCGCCAUGGGAGCCUCAGGACUGAUCCUGGGUCUGAUCUUAUCUCUGGCUGGAUUCAUCUACUACAAGAGGAAGGCCCGAGGAAGGAUUCUGGUCCCCACUAACUGAUUCUGGACCUGGACCUGGAUCUGGAUCUGGACCCGAUCCUGCAGCUGCUGCUUCAUCCUGCUUCCUGUGUUUCAGCUCAGCAGACUGGCUGAACAGCUGGUUCUCUGAUGGUCUCUUUAAACCCUGAUCCAGGACUGUCAGACCUGCUCCCUCUCCGUGUGAUCUGAUGCUUCAGUUUCUGGUUCACGCUGAGCAGGUGUGACAGACGUGACAGAGUCUGGAGACGCCGUGGAGAACGUUCUGCUGCCUGCAACAUCCUCCAGCAGGACCGGUUUGGCGGUGGGUCAGUGAUGGUGUGGGGUGGCGUUUCUCUGGGGGGCGGCACGGCCCUCCGUGUGCUCGCCAGAGGUAGCCUGACUGCCGUUAGGUACCGAGAUGAGAUCCUAGGACCCCUUGUGAGACCAUAUGCUGGUGCGGUCGGCCCUGGGUUCCUC